UCUGUACUUCCUCAUUGUUGUUGAUCAGAACCAGUUAGCUCUCACUUGGAUCUCUGUUGCCAAUCUAAGAGGAUGGCUCAGGCUCAGGGCUGCUCUGUUUUCCUGGUGCUUUUUCUGGCGUUUUCACCAGGAGGUGCUUUCUAUUUGACUGUGCUGGAACGGUGCCAGUCUAGCUCAACUGACGGUCAUGAUGCCGUGUUACUGGAUCAGGUUUACUUCAACAAAAUACUGGAAGUAGAAUACAACAGCACUGUAGGAAAAGCGAUUGGGUACACAGAAAAAGCUGAAGCACUUGCCAUUAUUCUAAACAAUAAUCCUGGGUUUAUUACUCACGAGAUAUGGAAAACAAACCUCUGCAAAAGAAAUGCUCCACUGGCACAAAAACUACUAACUCCAGUGGAGCCCUAUGUUCAGUUGAGGUUAGAGAAGGCAGAGUACAGUCAACAUCAGCAGAUGCUCAUCUGCAGCGCGUACGACUUCUAUCCAAAGCAAAUCAGGGUGAUGUGGCUGAGAGACGGAAAGGAGGUCACAUCUGAUGUGACAUCCACUGACGAGCUGCCCAAUGGGAACUGGCUUUAUCAGAUCCACACCUACCUGGAGUUCACACCUAAACCUGGAGAGAAAAUCACCUGCAUGGUGGAGCAUGCAAGCCUCAAGAAACCAAAUCUUUAUGACUGGGAGCCGGAGCCGGAUUCAAAGUGGAGUAAGAUUGUUGUUGGCUCAGCAGGGCUGCUGCUCGGUUUGAUGUUUUCAAUUGCUGGCUUCAUCUAUUACAAGACAACAUCAAAUGGACGGGUGGUGGUGCCUACAACAGAGGAUGUAUGUCCAGAAGAAACCCUUUAGGCUGCAGAAAUGUUGAGAAGCCCCACACACAUCUAUCAACCACUGGAAACUGGUCUUAAUAUUUGAGAGACUACAAGCCUUCAUAUGCCUGAAGUUUUUAUCAUUUAGCCUUUUACACAUUUCUGCAGACAAAAAUAUUGCAGCAUAUUUAUUUCAUACUGUACUAACACACUAUUGUAAAACUGCAAUAAAUAAACCUGUUCUUUGUCAUUUU